UCGUUUUCAAAAAAAUCGGACUAGUACAAUUACGCUAUUUCGGCGUUGCGGUUGUUUAUUCAACCACAAUCGAAUUGAAUACGUACUUAAUAUCCAUCAUGAUAUCAUCGAAACAAGUGGAUAAAACGAAAACAUCCAUAACCGAGAAUGUGGCACUCACCGAUACAAAUCUGGACGGUGACUGGCCGAACUUUUUUCUGUUGAUAUUGAUGUACGCGAUGCAAGGCUUGUGUUUAGGCUUAAUAUCAGCUAUACCGAUAUUGUUGAAAAGCAGGUCCGGUGGCACGUACUACGAACAGGCUCUAUACAGUUUUUCAGGAUAUCCAUUUAGCAUAAAACUGUUGUGGGCUCCGUUGGUAGACGCAUUUUUUAUACAAAAACUUGGAAGGCGAAAGUCUUGGCUUAUACCAACUCAAAUUUUAAUCGGGAUUAUUUUACUUUACGCGGCUACCGUCAUCGACAUAUUUCUGCCAGAAACUGGGAAACCAAAUAUUGUUGCACUGAUUGUGGUGUUCGGUGCACUAAGCUUUCUGUCCGCCACACAAGACGUAGCUGUUGAUGGUUGGGCCUUGACGAUGCUGAAAAAAAACAAUGUAGGCUAUGCAUCGACUUGCAAUUCGACGGGACAAGCGUUAGGCAUGCUAUUGGGUAACUACAUAACAGUUUUGUUCACGUCAAAAGAAUUUUGUAAUACAUUUCUACGAUCUUCACCUGCCACGGAAGGAAUAGUGUCAUUCCAGAACUUGCUAUUUGGUUGGGGCAUUACAUUUAUUUUGUUAACUAUGUCGAUUGCCAUAUUCAAAAAAGAAAAAGAUAGCACCUUAGACGAUGAUUAUUUAGAAGUUAAUAUUGUUCAAAACUAUUUACUAUUGUGGAAUAUUUUCAAACUACGCAAUGUUCAAAUAUUGGCGGCAGCAUUAUUAACUGUAAAGAUCGGAUUUGCUGCAACAGAUUCUGUAGCGAAUUUCAAACUUAUGGAUGCAGGUUUAUCUAAAGAUGAUAUUACAGUUAUACAGUCAGUGGUUCCUGGAAUAAAUUUGUUUGUUCCAUUAAUUGUGGCAAAAUACACAUCAGGUCCAAAACCGAUAAGUGUAUAUAUAAAAUUAAUACCAUACAGAUUGUUAUUGAAUUUGGCAUUUCCUGUAUUUGUUUAUUUUACUCCAGCAAUGAUUUAUAAAGACGGAGUUAUAAAUAUUCCGAUUUAUUACUACGUGAUUUUUGUCAUACUAACAUUUUUACAUCAAAUCUUUAUGUACAUCAUGUUUGUAGCUAUGUUAUCGUUUUUCAAUCGGAUAAGCGACCCUCGGUUUGGCGGAACUUACAUGACGCUGUUGAAUACACUUUCAAAUUUUGGAAUCAAAUGGACAGCCACAGCAGCAUUUGGAUUGAUUAAUUUUCUAACGAUCAAAAAAUGUCCACCAGAACACCGGAACAUAAACGCAGCGAAUGAAGAUGAUUGCGACGUAACAAUAGACGGCUAUUACAUAGAGACGAUUCUGUGUUCUGUCAUUGGAAUUAUAUGGAUUUCCAUUUUUAGAAAAAAACUUAAACGCUUUCAAACUUUGAGUCCUUCCCAUUGGUUGGUUCAUGGAAAUAUCCCAAAUGCGGCAAUUGAUAAAAAUGCAUGUGUUAUGACCGUAACACCAUGAUUUUUAUUCGAAAGAUUAUUGUUACGAUAUCAAAUGUAAUUUAUUUAUAUCAUACUAACUACACACGUGGGCGUAUAUUUAUGAUGUGAUUAUCGUGUACUAUUGUAAUAUAUUAUUUAUUAUCGGACUGUAAUAUAAUUACUCGUGACUCAUUCAUGUCAAACAUUGAACAUAAAUAAACAUUAAUUAAAUAAAGUCAAACAUAAA